AUUGCAAGAGAGGGCCUUGCCUUACUUGCCCGGGCUCUCCGGAAGAAAGGCAGCGAGUGAGCGCGGACCAGUGGCCUUUGGAGAGGGAUCCUUUCAUUACACCGAGGAGGAGUGGGUCCUGCUGGAUCCAAGCCACGGAGAUCUGUACAAGGAGGUCUUAUGGGAGAUUCAUGAGAUGGCAACCGCUCUGGGGACCGGUGGCCUUUGAAGAAGGGGCCUUCCAUUUCACUCCGGAGGAGUGGGUCCUGCUGGAUCCAGGCCAAAGAGCUCUGUACAAGGAGGUCGUAUGGGAGAUCCAUGAGAUGGCAACCUCUCUGGGAGAUGUCCAGGGAAUCACAGAAGUGUCACUGGAAACAGCUGAAGAGGAGAAGGAGGAGUGGGAAUUGGGGAGUCAAGAUGACGCGAAGAGACAAGAGGGGAGACAAAUGCAAAAGCCGGCGGAUGAAUCCAGUACUUCUGAAGGUGGUGAAAAUAAAAUGCAAGGCAGUAUUCAUUACCUAAAGGAAACAAGAAUGUCUCCUGAGUGCAGUAAAAAGAUAAAUGGCCAGAAACCCCAGAGAACAUAUUGGAGAAGGCAUACGAGAAAGAAACCAUAUAAAUGCUUAAAAUGUGGGAAUGGAUUUUUUGAUAAAUUAACCCUUCUUAGACAUCAGACGGUUCACACAAGAAAGGAACCAAAUACAUCCUUAGGCUGUGGGGAAAGUAUCAGUCACAGUGGAAGUCUUGCUUCCUGUGGGAAAAAAAUUAUGGGAGAGAAACGAUAUACAUUUUCCAAAGGUAGCAAGAGCUGUUCUAAUCAGUCAGUGAUUGUCAGCCAUGAGAGAAUCUACACAGUAGGGAAAUCAUACAAAUGUAUGGACUGUGGCAAGAGUUUUAGGCAGGUUAAUCACCUGGCUAGACAUCAGAGAACUCACAUAGAGGAAAAUAAGAAAGUGCACACAGGGGACAAACCUUAUAAAAUAUGCCUGGAGUGUGGAAAGAGCUUCUCUCAUAAUGGAGCCCUUAAUGCGCAUCAAAGAAUUCAUAGAGGGGACAAGCCUUAUAAAUGCUUGGAGUGUGGAAAGAGUUUCAGGCAGAGUGGCACAUUUUCUAGACAUCAAAGAAUUCAUAGAGGGGACAAGCCUUAUCAAUGCUUGGAGUGUGGAAAGAGCUUUAGACAGAAUGGUGCUCUUCAGGUACAUCAACGCAUCCAUACAGGGGACAAACCUUAUCAGUGCUUGGAGUGUGGAAAGUGCUUUAGACACAGUGGAGCCCUUACAGUACAUCAAAGAACUCAUACAGGAAACAAACCUUGUAUAUGCUUGGUGUGUGGAAAAGCCUUCAGUCAGAGUGGCACACUUUUUAGACAUCGAAUAAUUCAUAGAGGGGACAAACCUUAUCAAUGCUUAGAGUGUGGAAAGAGCUUCAGUGACAGUAGCACCCUUACUAAACAUCAAAGGACGCAUACAGGGGACAAACCUUAUCAAUGCUUGGAGUGUGGAAAGAGCUUCAGUUGCAGUAGCUCCCUUACUACACAUCACAGAACUCAUACAGGGCACAAACCUUAUAAAUGCUUAGAGUGUGGAAAGAGCUUCAGUAACAGUAGCUCCCUUACUACACAUCACAGAACUCAUACAGGGGACAAACCUUAUAAAUGCUUGGAGUGUAGAAAGAGCUUCAGUGACAGAGGCACCCUUACUAGACAUCAAAGAACUCAUACAGGGGAGAAACCAUAUAAAUGCCUGGAAUGUGGAAAGAGCUUCAGUCGGAGUACCUCUGUUACUUUACAUCAAAGAAGUCAUACAGGGGACAAACCUUAUAAAUGCAUGGAGUGUGGAAAGAGCUUUUGUCACAAUGGUAGUCUUCAGAUACAUCAAAGAAGUCAUACAGGGGAAAAACCUUACCAAUGCUUGGUGUGUGGAAAGAGUUGCAGUACAAAUGGUAACCUUAUUUCACAUCAAAGAACUCAUACAGGGGAGAAACCUUAUAAAUGCUUUGUGUGUGGAAAGAGCUGCAGUACGAGUAGCGCCCUUACUGCACAUCGAAGAACCCAUACAGGGGAGAAACCUUAUAAAUGCUUGGUGUGUGGAAAGAGCUGCAGUACAAGUGCCACCCUUAAUGUGCAUCAAAGAACUCAUACGGGGGACAAACCUUAUAAGUGCUUGGAGUGUGGGAACAGCUUCACUCAGAGUAGCACAUUUUCUAGACAUCAAAGAACUCAUACAGGGGACAAACCUUACAAAUGCUUGGAAUGUGGAAAGAACUUCAGUCGUAGCCACCACCUUACUUCACAUCUAAUUACUCAUAUGGGGACAAACCUUAUUAAUGUAUAGAGUGUGGAGAGAGCUUCAGUCGGCAUGGCCACCUUUUUGGACGUCAAAGGAUCCAUCAGGGAAAGCCUUACAAUGUCUGGAAUGUAGAAAGAGCUUUAGUCAGUGGCACACCCUUGCUAUCAUAAAAAAAGCACAUUGGGGGAAACGAUAUACAGUAGGGCCCUGCUGUUUAGUGGCCCACUUGCUUUCUGCUAAUACGGCAGCUAAAAUUAGAGUAAGGCCCCACUCAUACAAUGCUUGUUCCACUUUUACGGUGUUGGGUGCCAUUUUAUUGAAGGAGUUCCCGUUUUUGGCGGGUUUCGCUUUUAGGCAGGGGUUUGGAACGUAACCAGCCAUAUGCGUGGGGCACUACUGUAACUGUUCAGAGUGUGGAAGGAGUUUCAUUUAGCAUACCUGCUGUAUUUUGCAUCAACUAAUUCAUAGGAGGAAAUGGCUUGACAUUCUUUUUUCACAUCAAAGGGUUAUUAAAAGGGAGAAACUAUAGAAUGCUGAAAGAGCUUCAGUCACAAUAAUUAAUGUUCAAAUUGGUGAACACCUUUCACCUCUCAUUCCACCUCCUAUAUAAAAGAUGCCUCUAGUAUAUAUCAGUUUAAAGAAUCAUUAAAAGGUUUCAUCUCUUGGGAAAGCUUCAGUGAAGCUUGUUACUGUGCUCAGUUUUGGGGGCGAAUUUGUGUGCAUAGUGAAGGUGAAGUGGAAUGAAAGAGAUGUGGAGUGGAAUGGAUAAAAAAAAUGGUCAAGAAAUUUAUGUCUAAUGUGGGCCCGAAUACCUGCAUUGAGGGCAGAAGUGUUUUCCUUCCUGUAUUGUGAGAAGCAGAAAUGCUGACACGGGAACCUUUGUGGGUCUCCCUGCACCCUCACAAGGCUUACUAGGAGACGAUGCACUGACUAGGAGGCAACUCAUAUCAGGCUAGCAAAUCUGUCAUUAAGACCAAUAAGAAACAACUAUUUUAAUUUGUGGUUCCAAAAUGCUUCUCUCUUAAGAAAUAAAUUAGUGAGACACAUUUAAAUGAAGUUGAUUGGACAUGUUCCAAUGCAAAAAAAUCUUAACGAGUCCAUGGAAUGGUGAUGUUGAAUAAAAUGCAUGGUGAGAUGAGUUCCGUAGUCUGUGUGUGAAUGUUGCUGUCAUGCUCUUUAAUCCUAACUCUCAAAGAUCUUGAAGUCUGUCCACAUACCAUUUGGAACAAGAACAUGUAAUAAUGUAAACUCCAUGAUCUGAAUUACAACUAUUGAAUGAUCUCAAAACAUGUUAUCAACAGGGCGAUAAGGCUUAGGAUCUUGUCAGGCCCUAAAAUGACAGAAAGACAGGUAUUUUGUCCCGUGACCUGUCAUAAUACAGAACUGAUCAUUUAAUAACAAAAAUUGAGGUGAGAGAAAAAGAUAGAACAGAAUGCAGAAAAGUUGCACAUGUCUGUGGCGAGAUCAAAAAAAGACUAUACAGUGCUAGAACUCACUAUUCGUCUUU